AUGUCGUCCCACGAGGAGCAGAUUCACGCCAAGGCCGGGGAGACCAAGGGCCAGGCUCAGGUAACGGGCACACACGUCCCUUCUCUCCUUCUUCUCCUUGCGCCGCCGUCUCCUCCUCCUCCUCCGCCGCCGCCGCUACCCCUGAGGAGGAGCUGAUCAUCCCUUUUUGGUCUCGCGUUGUCGGUAGGCGAAGACGGAGCAGAUGAUUGGAAAGGGCCGGGAGGCCACUGAAGCUGCCAAGGAGAAAGCAGCCGGCGGCGCCCAGGCGGCCAGGGACAGGGAGCAGACGGAAGAAAAGGGGGAGCAGGCCGGCGGCUUUCUGUCGGAAAAGACUCAAGCCACGAAGGAGAAGGCGGCGGAGGCCACCCAGGCUGCUAGGGAGCGGGCUAGCGGGGCCGCGCAGGGCACCCGCGACACGGCGCAGGCCGGCAAAGAGAAGACGGCGAGCAUCCUGCAGACCGCCAGCGAUCAAGUGCGGAGCGCCGCGCAGGGGGCUGCGGAGGCUGUGAAGGGAACCCUGGGAAUGGGAGGGGAGAGGAAGGAGGGCGCCAACGAGUAG